CACCGCUGAUUAAGGAAGCAUACAGUCAGGUGUGUACAAAAUAAGCACAGACACGUUGUAACCAAGGUGCAUUUAUGACUUAAUUACAAACAUGGUUCAGUUUCCUUCACACUAUUUGAAAACAGAAACAAACCCAUGACGAGACACUGAUAGGCCAGGACGUAGUUUAGAGCAUACGGUAGUAUGUUCACAGCUGAACCGAGAUGUACUUUUAAGCUCACUGAAAUACCUGCGGCUGUGAGUUCUUGUACUUUUUCUCUGAGAAUGAGCCUCACUGACCUCAACAGAACUUUCCCCUCCGGAUAUGUCCGGACUCUCCAAUUCCUGUCUUACGUAGUCUUGCACACAUUGGCUGGGAAUUCUAGGAACUGUAGUCCGAACGCGUCGAGAGGAACCCACUUUGCGGCGGAUUCAGGAGGAAAAGCUGAAGAAAAGCAGCGAGGAAAGCCGAAGUGCAAUCCACAUGGGUUUGACUCACUAUGAGCUCACCUGCAGUUCCUGCACAAUCCGCCCCUCUCCUACGGAGCGAGGAAGGUCCUUCUGUCCAUUGGCGUUACCUGAGCACAAAAGUCGAUCCUCUCUCCCGCAGCCCCCUCCCCCCGCAGCCGGUGGCUUGCGUCCAUUUGCGAGGACAGUCUUCGGCUGCCUCUAGAGAGAACUUUCUUGCAAGGGAAAUAUGGGAUGUAUAAAAUCCAAACAAAAAGAGAGUCUGCAUGGAGAUGGGCUAGAUGUGAAGAACAAAUCAGUACGUAAAACUGAACGAACUAUUUAUGUGAGGGAUCCAACGUCCAAUAAACAGCAAAGGCCAGGAAAUGAAGAUAUUCUUUUACCAGGUCAAAGGUUCUGUAAUGAAGAGGAAGAGAAAGAACAUUGGGACAUUGUAAUAGCCUUAUACCCUUACGAUGGCAUUCAUGAAGAUGACUUGUCCUUCAAAAAAGGAGAAAAAAUGAGAAUUCUGGAGGAACAUGGAGAAUGGUGGAGGGCUAAAUCCCUUUUGACUAAGAAAGAAGGAUUUAUUCCAAGCAACUAUGUUGCAAAAGUCAACACCUUAGAAACAGAAGAAUGGUUCUUUAAAGAUAUAACCAGAAAAGAUGCAGAAAGGCAACUUCUAGCACCAGGAAAUGCUCCUGGAGCAUUCCUUAUCAGAGAGAGUGAAACAUUAAAAGGUAGUUAUUCAUUAUCAAUUAGAGACCAUGAUGGACAAAACGGUGAUGUUGUUAAGCACUACAAAAUCAGAAGCCUAGACAAUGGAGGCUAUUACAUUUCUCCAAGGAUUACUUUUUCCUGUAUCAGUGAUAUGAUCAAACAUUACCAAAAGCAACCAGAUGGCUUAUGCAGAAAGCUAGAGAAAGCAUGUAUUAGUCCUAAACCACAGAAACCGUGGGAUAAAGAUGCCUGGGAAAUCCCUCGAGAUUCAAUCAAAUUAGUGAAAAAACUUGGAGCGGGUCAGUUUGGAGAAGUUUGGAUGGGUUACUAUAAUAACAAUACCAAAGUUGCAGUGAAAACUUUGAAACCUGGCACAAUGUCUGUGCAAGCAUUCCUGGAAGAAGCCAACCUGAUGAAAACACUUCAGCAUGACAAGUUGGUGAGGCUAUAUGCUGUAGUCACCAAAGAAGAACCUAUUUACAUAAUAACUGAAUUUAUGGCAAAAGGAAGCUUAUUGGAUUUUCUGAAGAGUACAGAAGGGACAAAAUUACUACUGCCAAAGCUCAUUGAUUUCUCCGCUCAGGUAAACAAAAUUAGAUAUGAAAUUAAGAAGCAGUGUAUUCUUGUUGCUAUUGUAAAAUAAUAGAACGAUGUGUCU